UUUUGGAUAGAUCGACCAGCUAGCCAAAGAGAGAGAGAGAGAGAGAGAGACGGGCAAAAAUGGUACCCAAAACAGCGCUCAUGGCUGUGCUUUUGCUCGUCCUUGUGGCCGGCGAUCUUGUCCACGGCCACACCAUUCUGCCGCCGCUCGGACGCGCCCGGCGGAGCCUCGGCUGGAUGCAAGGCAUGAAGGGAGGGCCGCCCAGUGGCAUGCAGACAUCAGAUACUGCUGCUUUUGCCGCCCGCAGCCGCGCCAUUUCUGCGGUGCAAAAAGGGGAGGAAAGCCGCCGGGACGCCAGCAGGGAGGAAGGCAAGUUCAUCGCGCCCGUGCCUGGUUUCAAGCUCCCGCCCCUUCCUCCGAACGCUGCCUGAGAAGAGAUAACAUCACAGGGCAAGCAUGCACUCAUGCCAUGGCAGCAAAGGUGCAGGAGUGCUCAAGGAUGCUUUAUAUAUCGUUCAAUAAGUAAGGCGGCACUGAUCUGCCAUGUUUAAGUUACUACUAAGUAUGAUGCCGUCUUUGUUCAGUAAUUGUAAGCCAGCAUCAGCUGUACGCAGUAACGGAAUAAAACAGUGAGCAUUGUGCUUGAUCUA